AUGGUCGGAGACUCGAGCCUUGCUGCUCUGACGCAAGGUUUUGCUGGUAUGAACUUGCACCCUUCUCUUGGUGCCGGUAAACCAGGAGCUCAUAUCGCAGCCUCCUCUUCCGAGCUCGGUGGUGUUGGGAUCCCUCCCCAGAUGCAGCAUGGCCAGCACCCCAUGGUCUACACCCAGCCUCAGAUGCUUGCCGGUGUCAACAACUUCCAUGGCAUGCCUCACACCCCUAGCGUCCAGACUCCGAUGAGUCACUAUCUUCCCGGUGCCUACCAGUACCCGCACCACAUGAUGGACAACAACAGUCCUCUCUCAACCAGCUGGGCCUCUCGUGUGUCUUCUGCUGAGCCCGCUCUCAUCACCCCUCGUCGCGACUCGAUUUCCUCCACUGAGCAGGACUUGCCCGGCACGCCUUACACUGGCAAUGGUGGCUAUCACCCGUCUGUGGCGUACAUGAAUGGGUCCCCGAAUGCCGUUUACCCUGCGAGUGGCACUCCCUCUCCCUCCCAUCUGGCUCCGUUCUAUGUCCCUCAGCUUGCCAAGGUUGCCGCUCCGGCCACCAUCCCAAGCGACAUUCAGAAGCUGCUUCAGCAGGAACCAGUCAUCCCGAGGGCUAUCCCAGCUCCAAGCUCCCCUGUCAAGCCUCUUGACCGUAGCUUGGAAAACAAGAACGGCGAAACGAACGUUUACAUUCGUGGCCUCUUGCCCGAGACGACUGACGAGAUGCUGCACCAGUGGGGCAUCCGCUUCGGCGACAUCCAGAGCUCGAAGUCAAUUAUCGAUGUCAAGACCAACUUGUGCAAGGGUUUUGGGUUCAUCAAGUACUACAACUUCAAGGAUGCUGAGAACUGCAUCCGCGGCUUUCACUACCUCGGUUACGAAGUGAGCUUCGCUAGAGAGUCCUUCUACGCCAAGCUGAAGAAGUUCGCCGACGACAACAACACGAACCUCUACGUCUCCAACAUCCCUCGCCACAUCAACGAGAGUGAGCUUCAGGCCAUCUUCGCUCCUUACAAAGUCUGCUCCAGCAAGAUUCUUCGCGACACGGGUGGCCACGGCCGUGGAGUUGGCUUCGCUCGCUUCGAAACCCGCGAGGUCUGUGAAGAGAUCAUUCGGAAGUACAACAACACUCCAGUCCGUGUUCCGGGCGGCGAAGACCACGUCAUCCAGAUUCGCUACUCCGAUACCCAGGAGCAGAAGGCUCUCAAGCAGCAGACCGCCGCUGCUCGUCAGUUCCGUGCGGCUGAAUUUGAGUACGGUGUACUCCAGUCUCGCGCUUCCACUGGUCAACUCAUGGCCCCCGAGCAGCGUCUUAGCUCGCUCACUCCCGCCGACAGGGACGCUGCCAACGAGUUUGAGAACUUCUUGGCUCAAGCCAACACCCAGAACAAUACCAACCGGUACGAUCGAUUCCGUCCCUUCGUGGCUCGUUCUUCUGCAUCGGUCCCAAACACCCUUUCCCAAUCCCCUAAGACCAAUCUUCCCGCAGUGAAGGUCGAAGGCGUUUCCUCUGUCGAGGAUGAAAAGGCCCGCCCCAGCACCCCGGUAAUUGCUCAUGGCGACCAUUCGUCGACCUCUAGCAAUGCCGCCAGCGACCACGAGUAA